AUGGUCAAGUCAUACUUAGCUGGCAAUGGCGCCGGCCAGGCAAUCGUAGCCGCGAACGAGGAUGUUUUGUGUUGGGACAUCAAGAAGGGCGAGCUUUUGAGCAGGUGGCGCGACGAGAGAAACACUGUGCCUGUCACCGCGAUCGCGCAGAGCAAGGUCGACCAAGAUGUGUUCGCGGUCGGAUACGAGGACGGAAGCAUUCGCUUGUGGGACAGCAAGAUCGCGACGGUUAUUGUCAACUUCAACGGACACAAGUCGGCCAUUACGACACUGGCAUUCGACAAAUCCGGUGUGCGACUGGCCAGCGGCUCCAAGGAUACCGAUGUCAUCUUCUGGGAUCUCGUGGCUGAGGUUGGCCAGUUCAAGCUGAGAGGACACAAGGACCAGGUCACGGGUUUGCAGUUCGUUGAGCCGGAAGGACAGGUUGAGGAUGAGGAGAACACGGCAAUGCUGGAUAGCGAUCCAUCCGCCGAGGGCUACCUCCUUACCACCGGCAAGGACUCGCUGAUCAAGCUUUGGGACUUGUCCUCAAGACAUUGCAUCGAAACUCACAUUGCGCAAACGAACGGCGAGUGCUGGGCUCUUGGGCUCUCUCCCGACUACAGCGGAUGCAUUACGGCCGGAAACGACGGAGAGCUCAAGGUAUGGUUUCUAGACACGACGGGACUCGCCGCACUUAAGGGACAGGUUGACGCGCCGCAAAACACAAAGUUCCUGCACGAUAGGGGGACGCUGUUCCGCCAAAACAAGGACAAGGCUAUCGAGGUGGUCUUCCACCCGCGCCGAGAUUACUUUGCAGUCCACGGCACAGAAAAGGCCGUGGAGGUGUGGCGCAUCAGAUCCGAGGCGGAAGUGAAGAAGUCUUUGGCCAGAAAGAGGAGGAGAAGACGCGAAAAGGCCGGCAAGGAGGCUAAGGAGGAGGUUGAUGGUGCGCCUGAGGGCGACGAGCAGGCUGACGACAUCUCCGCCGCAGAAGCCAGUGACUUUUUCGUUCAGUAUGUCAUCGUCCGAACGGGCGGCAAAGUGCGGUCAGUCGACUGGGCUGUCAAUAGCGGCAACAAGGAAAUUCACCUGCUGGCCGGCACGACAAACAACCAGCUCGAAUACUACAGUAUACCCACAAAAGAAGGAUCGAAGUCGAAGAAGGAAGAUGUGCCCGACUACACGCGGUCACUAGCGGUGGAGCUCCCAGGACACAGGACAGACAUUCGCGCCGUAUCGCUCAGCUCCGACGACAAGAUGCUGGCCACGGCCGCCAACGGAAGUCUCAAGAUCUGGAACAUCAAGACACAAGCAUGCAUUCGGACGUUCGAAUGCGGCUACGCCCUGUGCUGUGCGUUCCUACCCGGAGACAAGGUGGUUGUGGUGGGUACCAAGACAGGAGAGCUCGAGCUCUUCGAUGUCGCUUCCGCGAGCCUCCUCGACAGCGUUUCCGCGCACGAGGGCGCUAUUUGGUCAUUACAAGUGCACCCGGACGGCCGAUCCGUGGUAUCCGGCAGUGCCGACAAGUCGGCCAAGUUUUGGGAUUUCAAGAUUGUCCAGGAGGAGGUUCUGGGCACCACCCGCACGACACCGAAACUGAAGCUCGUCCAGUCGAGGACACUCAAGGUGUCCGACGACAUCCUAUGUGUGAGGUACUCCCCCGACGCCAAGUACAUCGCCGUGUCCCUCCUCGACAACACUGUCAAGGUCUUCUUCACCGAUAGCCUCAAGCUCUACCUCAACCUCUACGGCCACAAGCUUCCCGUACUGAGCAUGGACAUAUCGUAUGACAGCAAACUUAUCGUCACGAGUUCUGCCGACAAAAACAUUAGGAUAUGGGGACUCGACUUCGGCGACUGCCACAAGGCCCUCUUCGGCCACCAGGACUCCAUUCUGCAGGUAGCCUUCGUCCCGCACAACUCGGACGGCAACGGCCACCACUUCUUCAGCAGCUCCAAGGACCGCGUCAUCAAGUACUGGGACGGCGACAAGUUCGAGCAGAUUCAGCGCCUCGACGGCCACCACGGCGAGGUCUGGGCUAUGGCCGUCGGCCACAGCGGCAACUUCCUCGUCACCGCCGGCCACGACAAGUCCAUUCGCGUCUGGGACGAGACCGAUGAGCAGAUCUUCCUCGAGGAGGAGCGUGAGAAGGAGAUCGAGGAGCUCUACGAAAAGACCCUCACCACGUCGCUCGAGCGCGACCCGGAUGCUGAGGACCAGGACGGCGAGGUCGGUGCCGCCUCCAAGCAGACCGUCGAGACCCUCAUGGCCGGCGAGCGCAUCGCCGAGGCCCUCGAAAUCGGCAUCGCCGACCUCAAUCUCCUCAAGGAAUGGGAGGACGCCAAAAAGUCGAACCCGCAUGCGCCCGCGCCGCAGCGUAACCCCAUCUUCCUCGCCCUCGGCAACAUCACCGCAGAGGCGUACGUCAUGAGCGUACUGAGCAAGAUCCGGGCCUCGGCGCUGCACGACGCGCUCCUCGUGCUGCCCUUCUCGACGGUGCCCAUGCUCUUCACCUUCCUCAACAUCUUUGCCCAGCGCUCCGUGAAUAUCCCGUUGACGUGCCGCAUUCUUUUCUUCAUGCUCAAGACGCACCACCGCCAGAUCGUCGCCAGCCGCACCAUGCGCGGCAUGCUUGACGGCAUCCGCGCCAACCUGCGCGCGGCGCUCAAGCGCCAGAAGGACGAGAUGGGUUUCAACAUUGCCGCGCUCAAGGUCGUCGGCAUGCAGAUCCAGGAGAAGAGCGUCAAGGAUUACGUCGACGAGAACUGGGAUGAUGGCGACGAUAGCCGGGCCGUCAAGAAGCGAGCCUUUGUGCAGGUUUCGUGA